AUGUCAGGCAGUUUGCCCCACGAGCACUCUCAAGUGUGCAAGGUCACACUGGACCCCAGAGACAGAAGGUUUUGCAGGGAAGCAGGGGGCUCAGCAGCGCCUGAAAGCACACACAGCUUUGCAAAGGCCAAGGCGGACACAGUGGACAGGAUUCGAGCUAGCAGGGCCACUUGGCCUUUUGGGCCACGGAUGGCAGACAAAGAAAGCCCAUCCAGUGUGACGGCAUCAGACCCCAAGAUGGAAGUGAAGGCAGGCCAGACUCUGGAGAGCGGCCUGCCCACGGCCGAGCUCCUGAGCGAUGUGCCCUUCACCCUGGCCCCACAUGUGCUGGCAGUACAAGGCCCUGUCGGCGACCUCCCCGACCACCUGCUCUCCUGCGACAUCAGUGAGAACCUGUCGCGGUUCUGGUACGAUUUCACACUUGAAAACUCCGUGCUCUGUGACUCGUGAUCUGUGUCUGUUUGCACCAUGACAGCUUUAUUUUAAAAGUCUACCUGUUUUAUGUAACCUAUUUGUUCUUUGCCAUUUCACUGUUUAAAGGUCCUCAGUAAAGCAAGGAUCAUAAAGCAAAGCAAAUAGUGUUGUGUCCAUUGCUCUACUUUUUAGAAUAAAAUACAUUUGUAUAAAAAUUGAACUUAAGUUCUCCUUCCUUUCUCCCUCAUAACACAUUUUAAAGGCAGGCCAUGAAGGUUUUACGAAAGGAGCUGAUUCUUUCAGAUGGUUUCUUAGCGUGUACUGACUCAAAUUCCUCUUAGAACUGUGAAGAAUCACUGUGGCAUUUUCUAGUUACCACAGCUCAGAAGUCUGAGCUGGGAGGGAGUGUGAAACCUCUCCUCUGGGCUGAAGGAGGCUUGAAUUAAUGUGAUUAUUCUCUUUCUUUUCUUCUAGUGUUUAUGAAUGAAUUCAGGAAAAUAGUUGCCCGUUGGUUUAGUGUCCUUAUUCUCACUCAGACAUGUUGAUGUGGGAUUUCAAACAGUCCCUAAUGGCACUGGCAGUUUGAGACAUAAGAACACUGUGCCCUGGGUGCGUUUCUUGAGGGGCAGGUUGCUGCUUUCUGGAGCCUGGGGUGGCCCUUUCUACCACCAGCAAGUCCUGUACCCACCUGUGUCCUCUCCACUAGGCCUCCAAGAACAUCCCCACCUGCCUCAGCUGACCUUCGCCCCCCACCCCCAGUUAGUAAAGAAACAUGUUUCCUCCCUGCCUCCUACGAAAAGAUCUCGCGGUGAUACAGAUGACUGCUGAUAACACCCUCAUUUGGAAGUUUGUUGACCACAAUACACAUGUGAAUGCAUUAUGGUAGAAAAACUGCAGUCAUUGCCAAUUAGAGUGUAGGUAAAACACCUGGAUGUGACUUUUAGUUCUUGUCCAUGAUUUAUUUCAGCUAAAACAGCACUGCCAUUGGUCUACAGACUGUACAAGGAAGGUGUAAAUUGUUCUAGAGGACAUUCUGUGCCUGGGAAACUGAACCACACUUGUUUUGAUUACCAGCAGGAUGAUGUAUUAAUUCUGUGCCAAAUUUUAAGUAUAUUUUUUCACAAAGAUAGUGUGCCAUAGUAAAACUAAACACUGUGCAUAAAGGUACAUGAACUAUUUAAGCUUUAAUGUGUUAUGCAUGUUUGUUUAAUACAUGUGGCAUGGUCUUUGAUAAAAAUGCUAUAUUAUUUAAAAGUUUAAUAAACACUUCCAUUAACAGAAAUGUGCAUUUACAAAUAAUGUUACCAUAUGAGGAUAAUGAUUAAUUUGGGUCUUUACAUCAUUUUCAUAAAACAUCUGCCUAGGAAGUAUGGCUUAUUUUCUGAUGCAAAUGUGAAUAUUUUAUAGCAGCUUUUGUAAAAGCACAUCUUUUUCAAAUAUCCAUGUUAAUGUACCUUUUAAACUAAAUGUCAGCAUAUAGUCAGUUUGUCUUAUUUAUGAGUUAAAUUUUGUGUAAAAACACUUAAACAUUUCAUUUAUAUUUAUGUCUACCAUGUUAUAAAUAUGCUUAUAAGUAGCUUUAUUUGUCUACAGAAUUGUUAUAUUUAAAUGAAUGUGAAUUAAAAUAAAUAUUUUGAUUAUUUUCAGAUCCAGAAAAA